AUGCAGGAUGUUAUCAACGCCAGGAUUCCUCGGGUCCUCUUGUAUGGCAUGAUCAGUCUUUCCGCAAGAUUCUCCAAUGGUGCAUACUUCGCCGGGAUUGACCCCAGAAUCAGAGGUAGACGAUAUGCGCAGGAAGCGGAACAGCUCCUCAACCUGCGUGAUGUGUCCCUGAUAACUCUGCAAGCCACCGUCCUUCUAGGGGCCUAUGUCAUUACCGAAGGAGAAGCCGCUGCAGAGGCAGUCUUCUACAGUGUGGCUUGUCGAAAUGCAUUGUUACUCGACCUUCCCAACAUGAUCGUCAUGUCCAGAGUCGAGCAGGAGGUGAAUUGCAGAGCGUGGUGGUCGCUAUGCAUGGUGGACGUUUGGUCCUCGAGGGGUGUCGGGAUAACUCGAUCCUUGACGCCUAGAAGCGAUGUUCCGUACCCUAUGGAGGAGACGGUCUUCCACCGCUUGAGCCGGCAAGAGUUUGACCUGCCCAGUCCUACCAGCAUGCAAGAAUCCAGCGCUUCGCUACUGACCCAAAUGAUCAAGCUGAAUGCCAUUUUGUUCGAGGUCAGUCUCUUGAACGAGAGGGCUGCCUCAGAGCUCCAACUCGGCGCAGCUCACGGUGCAGCUGUGGAAGCACUCUCUGCGCAAUUGGAGGACUGGUACAACAACCUGCCCAUCGGGCUGCAAGACACUCACGCAAACUUAUCCCGCUAUGCCGCUCUAGGACUGGGGCCUAUGUUUGUUGCCGUAUAUUUGGGCUACUACCACUAUGGACAAUUGCUGUAUUACCCAUAUCUGCACGGGGACUCAUACGACGACACUGUCCAAGCCCGAUACUACGCCGACAAGUGCAAGGGCCACUCGAUCGGGCUCUGCGAGAUCCUUUACCGUGCCUACUCUUCUGCCGGCUGCGAGGUCUUCUACACAAUGGUGGGCCACGUGCUGGUCAUCGCGUCCACCAUACAGCUUCACAUUCUACUUUUCAGUCCUGACGAAGCACAGAUCCGUGCUGCUCGCUCUCGUCUAGAGCGUAAUUUCGAGAUUUUGACAAGGCUUCAGACCUUCUGGCCCACGCUAGAUGUGUGCUUUACAAGGUUCCGCGAAUUUCACAAAGCGUGCCAGAAGUACAAGGAGACCUCAUUCCGCAUGGACAGAUGGAUGCACCGCUUCUUGUUCGAAUUCGCAAAGCCAAUAGACGAGAAGGACCCUGAUGAUCUGGCAGAACUGAUACCUUGGACUUUGCAGGAACUAGGCUUUACCCCCUGA